GCAGUUUGCACUGUAUCUCAUGAGCUGCGGUCAUGGCUGUCACCCAAGACUCCUAUGUUGUACUGAAUGAUGGAAAUAAAAUGCCAGUGGUUGGAUUUGGCACCUAUGCGCCAGAGACGUAUACCAAGGAGGAAGCUGGAGCCAGCACAAAGGUCGCCAUCGAAGUUGGAUAUCGCCAUAUUGACUGCGCGUUUAUAUACGGCAAUGAGGUAGAGGUUGGCAAGGCCAUCAGAGAGAAGAUUGCUGAUGGGACAGUGAAGAGAGGGGACAUCUUCUAUACUGGGAAGCUUUGGAGUACAAAUCACACCCCUGACCGGGUCCGUCCAGCUCUUGAGAAAACUCUGAAGGAUCUCCAGCUGGAUUACAUCGAUCUCUUCAUUAUUCACACACCUGUGGAGUUAAAGCCUGGCGAUGAUCCCUUUCCCAAGGAUGGUGACGGCAAAUUGAUCUUUCACAACACUGACCUCCGCGAUACUUGGAAGGCUAUGGAGGACUGCAAAGACGCCGGGUUGACCAGAUCCAUUGGGGUGUCUAAUUUUAACCGCAGACAACUGGAGCUGAUUCUCAACAAGCCGGGGUUGAAGUACAAGCCGGUCUGUAACCAGGUGGAAUGUCACAUAUUCCUGAAUCAGAGCAAGCUGCUGGGGUUCUGCAAGGCCAAUGACAUUGUACUGGUGGGAUUCAGCGUCCUGGGAUCCAGCAGAGUGGAGAACUGGAUUGACCAAAAUUCUCCUAAAGUGCUGGAAGACCCCGUCCUAAACGCAGUCGCCAAGAAGAACAAGCGCAGCCCGGCGCAGGUAGCAAUGCGAUAUCUACUGCAGAGAGGGAUUGUCGUCCUUGCGAAGAGCUUCAGCCCAGACAGGAUCAAGCAGAACUUCCAGGUCUUCGAUUUUGAAUUGAGUGAGGAAGACAUGAGAAGUCUGGACGGAGUUAACAAAGAUAUGCGUUACUUGAGUAUUAACGAAUGGAAGGAACACCCCAAAUAUUCAUUCCAUGACGAAUAUUAGGGGAAGUGGAUUCCUGUCCUGGCUCCAUGACAUCUUAAUCUGGGAAAUGGGAGUUACCCCAUAAAUCCUGCGGGCAACAGGAUUACCCCCCCACACUGUGACUUCUCCAACUCGUCCUCACAUUAGACUGAAGAUCACCAGUCCUGGGUGCUAUGGUGUGGUAACACGGGCUUGUGAUGGCUUAGGUUUCAGAACAUUAACUACAAAGUCCAAUUAUUGUUAGACAUAUUUUUCUCUGCUUGGGCAGAGUGGGAUCUACUGCGAUGAAUAUAACACUUACUCCCCAAUUCUAACGUUACAAUCAAAUAUUUACACCCCAACUAUGUAUUAUGCCAGAGGCUCACAAACUCGGUCCUCAAGGCCACUAACAGUCCAGGUUUUAGGUAUAUCCAUGGCUCAGCACAGGUGGUUAAAUCAAAUUGACUGAGGUACUGUAUUAAUGAAGUCACCUGUGGCCAAGCUUGGAUAUACGUAAACCUGGACUGUCAGGGUGCCUUGAGGACCAAGUUUGGGAACUUCUUUCUUACGCUUUGUGCCAAAUGCUGCUCACCAGCUGUUGGACAUCGGACUUGUACAGAUGUUUUAGUACGAUGUGUCUUAUGCAAUGCAAUAAAAGGGAUCAUAAUAACACUG